AACUGCAUAAACCGGUUGCAAAAAUGAUAAAAACCUAAUUACACUGGCCCUUUCAUUUGAUUUUCAAAUUGCAACUCAUGGAUAAAGGAAAACUGUGUUCUUUUUCCAUCCUCAGUUCCCUUCCUGAAGAUGUUGCCAUCAAAAUUGCUUCGCUUCUUCAGGUGCGGGAUUUGUGUGCCUUGGGUUGUUGUUCCAGGUUCUGGAGGGAACUCUGCUUCUCAGAUUGCAUUUGGGAGUUUCUAGUCAGAAACAGAUGGCCUUUACUCGCUUCCUUCGAUUUCCCUGUUUCAUCAUCUUCUUCUUUCACUAACUCUCCCAAUUUCAAGAAAUGGAGGAAAUUGUACUUCGAGAGGCACGUCAAGUUGGGAAUUACAGCAAGGUCUGUUGAUAAGUUCUUGGAAGCUUGGACACGUUAUGAAUCACUUGAGGUUGGGGACUAUCUGAAAGCUGUUGAAAUCUUGAAUAGUACGAGGUUUGGUUUUGAAGACGUACAGAGGUUCCUGUUCAACCCUGAAAUGAAUGUGCUGCUUAACUUGGUUGGGGUGCACUAUUGCCUGACAAGCCUUGGGGUUCGGGGAGAUAAUCUUGUAGAAGCUCUUCGGACUUGUGAGAUCUCAGAUAGGCAUGUAUGCGUCAAGUGGUGGAAAGUUGGUAGAUGGUACUAUGGCUUCCGUAUGAGGGAUGAGUCACAUUCUCGAUGGGUUUCUUUGGCACAUUUGGCAACAGAAGAUGAUGAGCAUAUUUUGGGAGUGCUUCGCCGAGGUACUAUUCAUGAGGUUUUACGUGUUCAGAUCUCUGCUAUUGGUCAUACGUCAAUACCUUGGUCCUGCCAGAUUACCCAGAGAAUGGUAUAGUUAUAGGGAUAUAUACACUAUACUAUUAGUAUCUACCAUCUAUCAGUUGUGUUUUUAUUUUUGUUUUUAAAAUUCCGCGGUAAUAAUACAUGUAUAAUAUAUGUCAUCAAAGACAAGACAAUAAUAAGUUACGAUGCUUAUUAUCUUCUUCGCAUGGCACAGUUGAACUCCAUAUCUCAUUGUAUAUAACCGAGUGUUCACUAACUUGGUUUAUAGCAUCACCUCAUAAAAUGAAAAGAAGGCAUGAAGGUAUUGGUGAUGUUACUUUUUAGGCAGAUUUGGUUGUAAUUACACUCAUACUGCAAUUAGACCUUUCUUGUGAGUGAUUCUCAGGCUCAUAGUGACCA